AUGAGUAUGGCCUCAUCUAAAAUCUUCUUAGUGACUUCUCUUCUCAUGGCUAUGAUGUUCUCCAUGAUCACUUCAAGCUACGCCUCAAAACAACUUACCAAGAAACAAACCUUAAAACCAAAUUUUUUUAGACCCCAUUUCCCUAGACCCGGUUUUCCUCAGUUUCCAAGACCCGGUUUUCCAACAAAUCCCAUGCCAUUCCCUCAAUUCCCGAGACCCGGUUUUCCGAACAAUCCGACCCCCAGUUUUCCUCAGUUUCCGGGACAAGGUUUCCCAAACAAUCCCAUGCCUUUCCCUCAAUUUCCUAAACCCGGUUUCCCAAGUAAUCCAACACCCGGUUUUCCUCAAUUUCCGAGAUCCGGUUUUCCUCAAUUUCCGGGACAAGGUUUUCCGAAAUUCCCCUCGCCUGGAUCACCCUUCGGAAACUACCAGCCCGUUCCAUCCAUCUCCACUCCGACCACUCUCCCCGCAACUCCGACUUUGAUCCCUUGA